GCAGGGGCAGAAUGAGUAGGUGAGCAGGGGAGAACAAGUCGAGCGGAGAGCCGAGCCGAGAAUGGAAACCUGAUCAAGCCGCGUGGGCCCUGCUCUCGGUCACGUGCCCCCUUCAACUCACCAUCUCCUCUCCCAAAGCCACAAGCCCUAGCAUCCGUUCGUACCAGAAAUCCAAAAGAUUGGGGGAAGCCGGGAAGGACGAGUUUGACCGGAAUCGUUGAAGGCUAAGCAUGCUUUGAAGUAUGGAUUGUUUUAAAGAAGUUACUCAGGAAGGCUCUGAAACCAAUCAGCACAAUGUGGGGUGCUCCAUAUGUCUACAUGCAUUUUCUGAUCUGUCACAUGUUCCUGCAGUCACUUUUAUGUGUCUCUUGAAGCACUGCUACGUUUAUGGUACCCACAAAGCAUCCUCAAAGUUCCGGAUUGGUCAACAGCUGGUAAAAAUGGCACUGCAUAAUGCUCCUCAGCCAGGCCCAUUCACCUAUGUUGUUCAAUGCAUGUACAUCGCACCUUUGCUGGGGAAAACUUAUGCUGAAGGGUUCAGCCAUAUGUUGACAUCUUCAUUAAGGCAUUUGAAAUCUGUGGAAUAUGUACAGAAAGAUUUCUUUGAGGCAAAGCAUCUUGCUGCACGACUUGUUCUUGAUAUCCUUGCUUCUGUUGUACCCCAUGAGAACCGUAUACUAGUAAAGCUUCUUGAGACAUUUGAUGUUCAAUUGAGAGACAUGGCUCACGCUUUGUAUGGUUCAGAGUUGGAUGACGAAGAUCUAGUGAAAGCAAGAGAACAUCUCAAACAAUAUGUAAAAUGCUUUAUGGAAUCAGAAUCCUAUGUGGCUGCUGUGGCUAUGAUAACACGUUUUUCCAUCCAGUGUUGUGAUGAGUCUUUUCUCAUAAAAUUGAUUGAAAGUAAUCAAUUCGAGGUAGCAGAGGAGUGUGCAACUUUCAUGGGCAAGGAAAUGAUAUGUUUCAUCAUUGAAAAGUAUCUAAAUAUGAAAAUGCUAAAGAGUGCAAACAAGUUGGUGAAAGAACAUGACCUUACAGAAGAGUUCCCAGAUGUUAACUUUUUGUAUAAAGAGAGUUUAGUGAAGAAGUUGGCAGAAAAAGGGUGCUGGGAUAUUGCAGAAGUUCGAGCGAAGAAGGAAACAAAACUCAUGGAAUUCCUGGUAUAUUUAGCCAUGGAAGCUGGUUAUAUGGAGAAGGUUGAUGAGCUUUGCCAGCGAUAUUCUCUAGAAGGUUAUGUCGAUUCUUUGGUUCGAGAGGAGAUCUUUUGUGGAUCUGAGUACUUAGAUCUGAAGACAUUGGGUUCAGAAGAAAUUGUCUGGGUUGAUGAGAUCGAUGGACUGCUUAAUGCGACAAGUUAUAUUGAAGGUUGUAAAAUUAUUGGCAUGGAUUGCGAGUGGAAACCUAAUUUUGAGAAAAAUAUCAAACCUAAUAAGGUCUCAAUAAUACAAAUUGCAUCAGAUAAGAAAGCCUUCAUCUUUGAUCUGAUUAAGCUGUAUGAAGAUGAUCCAAAAGCAUUGGACAGCUGCUUCAUGCGAAUUAUGUGUUCUUCUAAUAUACUAAAGCUGGGCUAUGAUGUUCAAUGCGAUCUGCAUCAACUAGCACAGUCAUAUGGGCAAUUGGAAUGUUUCCAGUCCUACGAUAUGUUGCUUGAUAUCCAGAAGCUGUUCGAAGGAGCUACUGGUGGUCUCUCUGGAUUGUCAAAGAAAAUAUUAGGAGCUGGUCUGAACAAGGCACGGCGGAAUAGCAACUGGGAGCUGCGGCCACUCAGCCAGAAUCAGAAAGAGUAUGCUGCUCUUGAUGCUGUGGUCCUUAUACAUAUAUUCCAUGAACAUGUCGGGAGGCAACCUCAGUUUGGUGUCUCUGAGGGAUGCAAAGUGGAAUGGAAGUCUCACAUUGUUUCCCGAGUGAAUAGCGGGCGUAGGCUAUUGUGUUUCUAGAAUAGGUUUGCAUAAGUUGCGUAGGCUAUUACCAUAACUCCGUAAGGAACCUAACUGUUCUUAACCUUUCACAGUUCUCGGACAUCAUAGCUGAUCUCAGAAGCUAGUGCUGCUACUUGUUACCCGUGUAAAUAUUACUAGUUUACUACCUGCUUCAGACUUUCUUUCCUGCUGUGUCACAUUCAGGUUGAUUACAAUCGGUACCAGUUGAAAUUUCAA